AUGGCGAUGAUGACUGGCCGUGUGCUGCUGGUGUGUGCCCUCUGCGUGCUGUGGUGCGGUGCUGCAGUUUUGGUGUCGGCUGCCGGUGAUGUUGUCGAUGGCGAUGGCAGAGGUGUUCGUGGUGAAUCUUUGCCGGAAGGUGCUCAACAUGCAGUAUUAUUACCAAGCAGUCCUGACUCAAGUGUAGCGUUAAAAGAAGGUACAAGUCCACUGCAGAAACGCGUUGAAAAAGUACCUGCACUUGCAAAACAAUCUUCUGAAGAAGAUAACGAAGCAGGAGAUCAAGUUGUGGAAGAUGUAACGGUACCAAUUGAAGGACAACAACAACGACAAGAAAAUGCACAAGAAAUGUAUGGAGUAGAGACACCCGGAGUUUUAAUAAUAAAAAAGGAGGCACCUCAAGCCCGUGAAGGAGAAAGAAAUUUAACAGCAGCACCAAUGGAAGGAUCACCGACAACGCCAGGACCACAAGCACCGAAGCCAAAAUUACAACCACCACCAACACCAGCAAUAUUAAGACCAGAAGCAGGAGAGGAACGACCAUCACCACCACAAGCAUCAGGUGUCGGUGAAGCCGAUGGCGGCCCCGUUGGGAUUGAAGGUACCGGUCGAAAUGUUAGUGGUGGUGGCAGUCUUGUUGGUGCUAGUGACGCUUCUCGUGUUACUGGUGAGGCCACUAAAGAUCCUAAAGGAAGUGAAGGUCCCGUUUCCGGGCCGCCUUCCGGUGGUGCUUCUUCAUCUCCUAUCUCCAACGAUGGAGACGCUUCACGGAAGAAUGGCGGUGCACCAUCCACUCAGGACACGACAUCUUUAAAAAACAAUGAGCAGUCAAGGCCAACAACAUCUUCAGGGAACGCACCACUCAACAGGGAGACACCGGAGAGGUCAACACCCGAUGCAAAACAGCACUCCUCUGAAACACAAGAAAAUGAAACGAGUCGACUUCCUGAUGGGGAUGCAAAUUACAGCGCCGCGGGGCAGAGUGCCGUGGGGACGAAAGGCUCUUCCGGCGUAUCGACUACCGCCAGCAACGCACCAACAACACCUCUACCACAACUGCCAGCACCACCAGUACCAACAGUAUCGACAGUAACGGGAGCGCCGGCAGAAAAACCAACUGCAGAACAAUCACCGCCACCGGCAGAUUCAACAACAGGAGAAGGCCUAGCAGCAACAACAACAGCUCAAACGAAUGAUACGGCAACACCUGGCGACAGUGACGGCAGCACCGCGGUCUCCCACACCACCUCCCCUCUUUUGCUUCUUGUUUUUGCGUGUGCGGCUGCUGCUGCUGUGGUGGCCGCGUGA